AUGACCAUCAUGACCCCCCCCCAUUUCUCCAAAUUUGAGCAACUCCCUCUGACCCCUCCCUCCUCCAGCAUUCGCAGCAUCACCCUUUACAGCGCACAGUCAUAUUUGGUCCUCCGGAAAUAUCCACAGCUCGGAGAAGAGGUAUGCCCCAAAAUGGAUUCUCAGUUGGCUACAGUCCUGACCAGUGGGAGCCUAAAUGUUCAAAAUGGCAGCCAGUGCACACAGAUAUCAGGGCCACUUUCCGAGGUCUGCUUAAACUCACAGGGAGAGGAGAGCCCCCCCUGCACUGUGCCAGGUAACAUCCAGCCAUGCCCUGUUCAAAAAGCACUGACCAUCAGGGAAGACUCACUGUCAAUCAAUGGAAAAAAGCCAGAAGGAGGCGGGACUCCCAAGCCGGCGUCCCACGACACAAGUAAGAGUGGUGGAUUCAGGGAACCAAUUACAGUCAAGACCGGCGUGCCUAUUCUGCGCAGGGAGCCAAUCAGAAUCCGAAUAGUCGCUCCCCCACAGCGCAAAAGGCCAAUCACUGCCUCCACCCUCAGUCGCACCAAAGACCUGACCCGCUCCUGUUUGAAAAAGCUUGUUGUUCUCCCAGCUGUGGAUCAAAACGCAACCAAGGGUCAUAACAGACUCAAAAGUGAAGCUGAAAUCAAGCAGAUCUCUGAAAAAUCCGGAGAUGACUUUAUGAAAAAGGGAGAUACGGGGAAAAAGGAAUUAAACAAAGACAAUGAUUUGUGCCAGGAUAAAAAUAACAACACCCAUGUUUUAGAAGAUCUCCUCAUUUCAAGCAAGGAUCCAGUGAAAAUACUAACGCAGUUCAAGAUUAAAGAGGAACCAGAGAAUGAUCAACAGAAAACAAUUCCUGUAGUUUGGAAAAGGAUACAAUUGGACACUUGCAAGUUAAACGUUGUGGAAAUGGAGGAACAGACUGAACCCCUGGAUUUAAGUCUUCCGAAAAAACGUAAUGGCCGUGAGAGGCGGUGCGGACGCUCGUUGGAAGACGGGGGAGAGAGUUCACUUAUAAUGGAGGUGGAUGAGUUUGAUGGGGAGGGAGAUCGAGACAUAGUGGAAGAGGACAGUGAGUUAGACAUUAUUUACACCAGUGACUUAGAACUCUCCCCUUCUUACUUUGACUCGUCUAUGGACUGCAACCUGGAAGAUCUACUUUUAAUAGACAAUGAAGGCAUUCCAUACACCCUAAGCCCGGACGGACACAAAUUGCCUCAAGUCGACAUUUCCAAAUUGGAGAAAGCGAAAUGUGUAGUUGAUGAAGACGGGCCUUCUUUAUCAUCUGAGGAAGGUACUAGUCUUGGCCAAAGUUUAGAACAGGAACCAACGGACGCAUCAUGUGACAAGCCAAUCUCAGAGAGUCCUCCUCCUCCUUCACUCUCGCCACAGUUGGAGCAUGACUUUGAGAACGAGGAAACUCAGCCGAGCCAGGAAGUUGGCAGCAUCUUGUCUCAGCCCUCAUCUGGAAUAACGCUGCCCAAUCAACCUGUACAAAUUCUCACAAAUUCCUCCAACAACACACCCAUCCUCUUCCUCUCGUCCGCCACAUCGUCCGUUCAGACUCCCUUAAGCUUGUCCUUGCCAUUUUCACAGGUUCCGUCUUCAACUCAGAUGCUGCUUCUUCUUUCCCCUGUGGCGUCUUCUGCUGGUGACGCAACCGCUACCUCCACACCUAUUGCAUUCCUGGAUCCUACCACCGGCCAGAUAUCCCAGAUUACAACGACGGCAGCACCUCUGGGUCAAAUGGGUGCGAGCGGAACGCCUUUGACCCAUCCCAUGAUUCGACUCGGCCCAAACCAGGCAAACAUCAUCCUCUCAGGCAACACAAUCCUUAGCUCUAGUGUGACUCCACAGACGGACCAGAACUCGUUUGUUCAAAAUCCAAUAAGCUCUUCAGAAUCCACGCCAUCUGGAAACCAAGCCAUAUUUUCUGAAGACACCGAAGACAAGCCAUCCACUGCCGGUUCUGCUCACUCACAACCACUCGCUUUAAACUUUGAGACCUCUUCUCAACCCGGCAAUGACCAAGAACUACAGUUGCCCACCGCAGAGUCAAAACCCGGUCUCUCCGACCCCAAAUUUGAACUCAACGACCAUCUUUACUACAACUGUGCCGAGCCGCCUGACGAUUCGCUCAUGGACACCACCAAGCUGGAGCCCAUGGACGAAGUCGACCCUCUCAGUGCGGACUGGACCCCCGAAGGGCAGGGUGCUCGGAGGGUGCUGUACUGCCAGCUGUGCCCUAGGGUUUUCUUUUACAUGUCCGACCUGGAGCGUCACGCCAUCACGCACUCACAGAAGAAACCCCAUGUGUGUCCACAGUGCGGCAAGGCCUUCAAGCGCUCCAGCCAUCUGCAGCGACAUAAGCACAUCCACACGGGCCAGAGGAACUACGUGUGUCCCAUUUGUGCCAAACGUUUCCGGGAGGCGGGCGAGCUGCAGCGGCACCAGCGCGUACACACCGGAGAGAAGCCGUACCAGUGCCAGCUGUGCCACACGCGCUUUGCAGAGCGCAACACGCUGCGCAGACACACUAAGCGCAAGCACCCGUACCACCAGGUUGCCAUGGAAAUGCUGAGUGACAACAAGAGCGGCGGCGGAGCAGCCGGCGUCCCGGAAGAGGAGAGUGCGGAGUGGUACAGCUCGUCUGUGUCGCACAUGGACAACUCUGAGUCUGAGGCAGAGGCAUAG